AGACCUGCACGGCGGAGGAGUCAGAUCAGCAGCAGUGCGCCAGGAGCAGCUCCGGACAGUGCGACUUCUCCCAUUUACUCCUAACAGAGCCAGUGUCCCUGCCAAACAUGAUUAAGAAAAUGACGCCGUCGGAGAACGAGUUUGACAUACCUGCCAAAAACUGUUACAGGAUGGUCAUUCUGGGGUCCACCAAAGUGGGCAAGACGGCCAUCAUCUCGAGGUUUCUGAACGGCAGAUUUGACGAGCAGUACACGCCGACCAUCGAAGACUUUCAUAGGAAAUUCUAUAGCAUCAGAGGGGACGUUUACCAGCUGGACAUUUUAGACACGUCUGGAAACCAUCCCUUCCCUGCUAUGAGGAGACUCUCCAUACUUACAGGUGAUGUCUUCAUCCUGGUGUUCAGUCUGGACAACAGGGACUCCUUUCGGGAGGUACAGCGACUGAAGCAGCAGAUCUUCGAAACCAAGUCCUGCCUGAAAAACAAAACUAAGGAAAACGUGGACGUACCGCUGGUGAUCUGCGGAAACAAAGGCGACCGUGAGUUUUACCGAGAAGUGCAGAGGGAGGAGAUCGAGCAGCUGCUUGCGGGCGACCAGCAGUGCGCCUACUUCGAGAUUUCGGCCAAGCGCAACACUAACGUGGACCAGAUGUUUCAGACGCUCUUCACGCUGGCCAAGCUGCCCAACGAGAUGAGCCCAGACCUCCACCGCAAGGUCUCCGUGCAGUACUGCGACAUGCUGCACAGGAAGUCCAUCAAAAACAAGAAGCUGAAGGACUCGGACGCGUACGGCAUCUUGGCACCUUUCGCCAGGCGGCCCAGCGUGCACAGUGACUUGAUGUACAUUAAAGAGAAGGCGAUCGGCGGCGGCCAGGGGAAGGACAAGGAGAGGUGUGUCAUCAGCUAAGGCACCCGGCAAGAUCCGUGCAGAAAGUACGCUGGAGGAAAAACAGUCGCGCAGCCGUAUGAUGGCACAUUGAUGCCGGGCGCUGACGCUUUACCUGCCACCAGCCGUCCCAUGUUUAGGCGCAGGAACGGAGGAGCCUCGGGCUUUGGAACGGGGCGCAGCACUCACCACUGCCCCGUUUACUGAGGCGGGGAAACGCAUGUCCUCUUCGCGAGUCUUUUAUAUACAGAACGGCUUUGAUCUGUGGACUCAAAGCGAUGAAAUAUUAAAAAAAGAUGUGAUGUGGCUUCAAUUCAAGUGAGAUCCAUUCAAACAACAACAUGCUGUAAAAUGUGCUCGUAUAAAAUACGCCUUUACCGAAAGCUUACGCGGGUCUCCUCGGUGGAGCGCCGUAAGAAUGUUGACAACACUGUUUACAUUUUGUUCAUAAAUAGGUCUAUAUAUAUUUAUAAGAAAUUAUGACUUGAACGUUUGUUGCAAAAUGAACAAAUCUGAUUGUGAAUGUAUAUUUAUUCUUCUAUGUCAAAGCUGACUUUUGGGGGAAAGUACAAUAAACAUUUGAGAAAUCAAAGUUUUAAAA